GACUUUGGCACAUGCUAGUGUGUUAUUCCCGUUGGAGAUUUACUAACAAAUUUUCACAAUGAGUGAAGGGAGAACUGCCAUUCAAAGAUGUGAAGAACUUAUUUCUCGAUGGAAAUCUGAACGAAAUUCACCAACAUUUGACCCAGUUCCUUUGUUAAAUAACUUUUCAGAAUUACUGGAAGAACAGAUCAAUUUAUUUUUUAGUACUGACCCAGAUCCUUUUGAUGAUCGUCAUCCGCUGCGGACGGACUCUAGUUGUGAUUUAGGUCAGAUAUUACGCCUUCUGUCAUCUCACGAUGCCUUUCUGGAACGUUUAACUUAUGUUUAUUUGUUGGGUUCUAAUGAUCCAUCAAACGAACUAGUAAUUGCGGCAUCACGACUACUCUGUGCAAUGAGAUUGGGUGUGACUUUGUCAUUUUCACUGGAUGAAGAGGAUGUAAUAAUUAAUACACUCUACAAGUUGGCAUUGAGUGAAACUGAGCCAACUAAUUGUUAUGCUUUGUUUCUCUUGGGUUCUGUUCUUGAUAAUACAGAAUUACUCUACAUUACACGACAAAAGAAUAUACAAUUGAUUCCGAUUGUGUUAAAUCGCCUACUCACUUACACAGGUCAAUUACAAAAUGAAUUAUCUUCAAAUACCCAGUCAACUUUCGAAGGUGGUAUGACAAAUUUAUUAGGAAGUUUCAUUUUAAAUCCACUGAAGACGGAAAUGAAGAUUCGACUUUCAAUUGCCUAUUUGAUCCCACUGGCUGAAUAUCAGGAUCUUAUGCCAUUCAUGUAUAACGGGGGUAUUUUGGACUUGAUCUACACUUAUCUUAUGCCAGAAGUUGCCUCUCGUGAUAUUCGUCUUACAUUUGAAGCGUUACGUUUAUUAGCUAAUCUUCUUUGUCAUCGGUGUGUUUAUUUAGAAUUUGUUGAACAAGAUGGUUUACAAUCUGUGCUUAAAGUCCCAAGGCCAUCAGUAGCCGCUACAGCUGUUAGUGUAGUUCUUUAUUAUACAGCCUACUUUGAAGAUGCUAUGGAACGUGUUUGUCAAUUAUCCAGUAGUCUACUCGAUGAUUUAAUUAAAUAUUCUCUUUGGCUAGUUGAAUGUUCACAUCCUUCAGCUCGUUGUUAUUCAUUAUUCUUUUUACACUUAGUUUUAUGCUAUGGUAUAACAUUUCGGCGAUUUGAACAACAGAAUGGUUUAGUAUAUUUAUAUAAUGCUAUAUGUGUCUUACCAUUACGUUUGACGGAGGAUAAUCCGACUACCUUGAAAGAUACGACUUCGUGGCAUGUUGUCCGCGCAAGUUUAUGUGCUAUUCGUCGUUUCUUAGAAAUCAGUCUUUUGUUAUGGAUUGAUACGAUAGAUCCUAGUUUAGCUAGCUUAUUUGAUGAAUCUCCAAGAGCAGUAGCUGCUGUCGGAUGUCGUCCGAUAACAUAUACAGCUGAACAAUUCUCUCGGCUCAUGUCCUUAAUAAUUUCUCGUAUUCGUCCAGAUACUGUUUGGCAACCUACUCAACAGCUUAGAGAUUGUGGUGCCAUUGAUGUAUUGUAUCGUAUUAUUGCACGGAAUGUAUAUGCUCAUAACAACUGGCCAUGUCGCAGUGAAUGCACCCGUUUGGCUGUUGAUAUAUUCAACCUAAUGUCUAUAACAUAUGAUUUAGCUGACGAGAUUGUUUCUGCUGAUGUGUAUUCGUUCCCUACCAGUUUAAGCUCAGCAACAUUUCUCGGUCCAACUCCACUACUCUCAUCGUUAGCAGCUGGAGGCGAUAGUCCGUCUUCAGAAUUUGGUUCGACUGACGUAACUGUUCACUUACCUUCUCCACGAGGAAAUAAUCCUACACAUCGUAGGGGAUUAAUUAAUCAAUUGCUUCAGAUAGUUGAACAAGUGGGUAAUGAAGGAAUCGGCGGAGGCGGACGAGAAAGCAGUCGAGAAGAUAGGCGACGACCUGGGUUAAGGAGAUCUGGAAAUCAAAGUAAUGGAGCAACAUCGAAUCCAGUUUUAUCAACAGAAAAUCCACAAAGAUCAAAUGUCACACCAACCACCGUCUCGAAUUUCGCUAGUGAAUCUGCAUCAAGAUCUCAAGAACGAACAAGUGAUGGUGAAGAAAAUGGAGCAGAAGGUUCUUCCACAUUGGACGAACGUAUCAAUGGUCUUCACAUGCUAUUUAGUAUUUCACGUGAAGACGACAAUUGGGAUGUAUCGGUUCAUAAAGCCGUCUUAGCAUUUAUAUGCACAUUAGUCUAUCGUCCAGUUGUAGAGCAUGAACAUCCAGAUCAACCUAUUUCAGUAACCGGUUUAUUAUCGAAUUUCACUUCUGCACCGAAUUCAAAUAUGGGAAAUCAUGCACCCUCAUCACCACCGCCUCCUCGAAAUUCAACGAAUACUACACCGAGUAGUAAUUCAUUUAAGGCUCCGCAGCGUACAAAUAGUGCACGCGGUUCAGUUAACCGAAAACGUCGUUAUGAUGAAACCGUAGCACCAUCUUCCCCAUCUUCCAUCUCAUCAAACGUGUGUUCUCGACUUAAUCAACCAUCGACUCCAUAUCAACAAACAGGAACACAUUUAGUUCAAUUUUCAGAAUCUUACAUGCCAUCUCCAUUCGGACGUCAAAAAUCAACUCAACUUCUUUAUCGUCAAGCAAAAUUGUGGAAUAUUGUCCGACGACAGCAUGGUAUAAUGGUAUUACUUUAUCAUUUAGAAACUAAACAACCAAUAUCUGAAGCUGAUAGUGUACGAACUUUAGCUUGUCGAGGGUUAGUAGGACUUGCACGAUCUGAAGAAGUUCGUAGUAUGUUGGCCAAACUUCCACUGUUUACUAAAGCUCUUUUACAAUUACUUAUGAAAGAGCCUGUCCUACCAGAUCGAUUAACUGAACAUGCAGAAUUUUGUCGUUAUGCUACAAUGCUUAUACGUUUAGUUGUUGGAACUUUAUCUGAUGGUGUUUUAUCGGGUGAUAUGUCAUUGGAACGUGUUCGUCGAGCAGAGAUAGUCGCAAAAACCCGAAUACAAUGGGAUCAAGAAGAAUUAUUAGAAUUAAUUUACCGACAUUUACAAAGCAAAGGCUUGCAUGAAUCUGCUACAGCACUUCAACAGGAGGCUCGUUUAAAAAUUGUCCCUGCUGCACCUAGUCAGUUGCCGCUUUAUGAUGAUUUUAGCCGACCACCUGGUGAAACACCUCCAUAUCAACCGUCAUCUGGAGUUGUGCACGUUUCUGACUAUUUAAACACAAGUGUUGAUUCGUAUAAUAGCUCUUCGAAACGAGAUUUCGAUACUAUUGAAUCAACUUCAAUGGUUUCUAAUUGUGAGAAUAUUGGUCCAAAUAGCGAUAAUAAUACUACUAAUACUUGUGGUGAACUUCCUCCAACUCCAAAUCUGAGAUUAACUAAAAUUCGUCAUAAUGCAACUCCUAGUCAAACUCCAAAACCUUGUCGUGAUCGUUUUGAAAGACCUGGCCUACCAAAUCUCUACCUCAAACCAAUAUCUACUCAACCUGUCUCUGAAAUGACUUUAUCUAAAGUAGUGGAAUCAUUUCUGUUGCAUCAACAUUCACAGUGUCCUCAUCCUGUUUCUGUUUGUCCGAAGUUUUCGUUGUAUUAUCCACAUCGUUGUCCAGAACCUCGACUUAAUAAACAAACUAAUUGCUGUCAACGUUUACUUUUACGUGAAGAUCUUUACGGUUCAUUAAGACUUAAACCAUCAACAAAAGAACUUCGACAUUUUUUACAUCGAAGAUUUCAACCAACUGCAGUUAUCCGAGAGGCUGAUGAUGAUAUGUUAACAGCAUGUUGUUUUUCUGUAAGUUCAGUGUUUUUUCAAUGUGUAUUUUCAGUAAUAUAAUAAUAACAAUAGUACUUUUCUUGUCGUUAUUACUAUUGCUUUUACUCAAACAGAACAGUUGUUUAGGUGUUAAAGUACUUAGCUUUCAAUCAGUAUGUCACCUAAUCAGAAUUAGAUUGUCGAAUGAUAUUAUUAACCUUCUCAUAUAAAGUGCAUAAAUUUACCUGUACUUCGUAAAUAAUUCUCAUUAAGUUGGGAGAUUAAAACAUAAGUCUACACUUGUUAUGUUGAUUUAUCAGUUAAGAUAUGCAAUUAGUUGUUUUUUAGGAGUAAACAGAUAUAUUUCAUCAUUAUUUUGAAUUUACAGUGCUAUACAUUCAAUGAAUUUCAUUUCAUUAUAAUGGGAACGUUGGUGUCAAUAGUAAGACAGAUUUACAAAAGAAGAUCUUAAUAAAGGAAAACAAUUAAAUAAUUAAAUACAUAUUUCGUUUUGUUCAUCGUAAAUCAUUUCAGUAAUCAUGUAUGCAGCAUUAAAAACUGAUGUAACUGUGUUAAAGGUCGUAAUGAAAACCGAGUGAAGUUGGUAGAUAUGGAUUAACCGAUCUUCAAUCAGUGGAUAAGGAGUGGUAUUAUUGCUCUUUGUGAUGUGGGUUUCAUGUAUUCUGUGUACAUAUUACUAGACAUUUUGUAGAAUAACGUCUAAGUGGUUAAUGAGUUCAACUUUCACCUACUUAAUCGUAAUUUCGAUCCGCCACCUACUUCAUCCGUGGCAUCCGUGUAUUAUAACUAGCCCUCACAACUAAAAUACGGUUCUAAGCGAAGUUUACAAAUCUGUACUCUUUAGUGGCUAAUAAUCAAAAUGGAGAGUUUGAAACUUGGAUGAAACAGGUGUGUAGAGUAGCUUUCGGUUUACAGUGAUUUUCAAAAUGGCUUACGCAGAUUAAAUUCAACGAUAGACUAAUAAAUCUAUUCGGUUGUUGUUUUAUCUGUCUGUUCCAUGUAGCAGUAAAAUGAGGGAGUUUAAUUCAAUUAAGCCUUCAUGAUCGUAGUCUUGUAACUAACUACUUUUGUCUGUUUUAGUUACAAUAACUUGGUGUCCUGUGUUUGUUUUUUGUGGAUCGUUCAUCAAAGUGGAUAUGUCAAAUCACUUUACACACACUUCAUAUCUCCUCAUUUUGAUAUUUCUUACAAUGUUUGGUAGUAACACUGAGUUUUAUUGACUAAAAUAAAUGUAUUUAAAUACAUUUUUGAUGUACACUUGGUUAUUAGCUAUCAUGGGACUGCAUCUCCUUACGUCGCUCCACUGCCUUGUGGAUCAGACCAUCAGGUCGAAAGCCCCGGGUGUGGCCCCUUAAGAAAACCGCCUGCUCCAGUUUGAACACCCGGACAGUAUCAUAGCCCACAGACAAAUCAAGUGACUUGUUUGGUAAAUAUAUAUUCGUUGCCUCUUUGUACCAGUACUUAAAUGUUCAAAUAAAUAACUAUUUAAAUACAUAAUGCGAUUCCUUUUGUUGCUUUUCUUUAGAGAACAGAUGAUGGUCUGUUUUUAGGUUCGAAUUCAGGAGCUAUUGCGUGGGUUAAUGUUGAAGAAGAUGGUUUACCCAUAGAAUUAUUUCAUAUACAAUCUUCAUCUAUUCGACGUUUGGCUCAUACACGUGAUGGUGAACGCUUAUUAGUUUGUUCUGAAUGGAAUGAACCUGCUACAGUUGUUGCUAGACUUAGACCAUCCACAAAUGCAAGCUCGAAUUCAAACAGUCCUUGGGAGACUGUUUCCGAUGAUUUUGUGUAUGUCAAAUAUAAUCAUACUACUGUAUUUAUGGUAGAAUGCUAAUGUUAAUAUUAUUGGUUAUAUUAAAUAUCCAUUUAGCAUGUUAAUAACUAUCUAAAGUCACUAAAUCAGUGGAUAACGCGUUGGAGGUCUUAAACAAAAGACAUUACGUUCGAGUCUCAGUGUGAAAAUUAGCAAUGGUAUACAGGUACUUCCAAAUACUGAGUCCUAAAGAGGAUGGAAUACUCGUCAUGGGCUCCACUGUUAAUCGUAUACCAAAUAUACUAUUAUUAGUCCUAACGUUUACGAAUUUUAUGUUUCGUAGUGAUUAGAUCAAUUGAUUUUAAAACUACAUCAUUGCAUGACGGUGUCAGACGACUGAAUUCUUCUAAUCUGUUUAGUACACAUUAUUGUUUUAAGAGUUCAGGGUUAUUAACAAUCUAUAUAUUGAUGAGUGUCAACAAUGUUAUUAUUCAUUAGGUAACUACAUAUCUAUAAAUCGUUAUAUCAAGACUCAUUGAUAUAAGUAGAAUGGACAAUGUCUAAUCUCUGUUAAGUUCAUUCAACCUAAUAGUGAUAAUUUCCUGAAGUCAUGUAUACUAAAUUUUAACAUUGAAAUUUUGAUUCAUCCAGAUAAAAAAAUGUACUUUUGACGAUUCGUGUUUACUGAAUACAGAGUUUGAUAUCUUGAGUAUUAAAGAAAAAAAAGGCCUAACGACAGAUUUUUUUAUCAUUUUAAAUUGCUUUUCGUUAAGAUGUUGUUGAAUCGUUUUAUUUUUAAGCUUUGUAGUAUUAUACUCUAUAAGCUGUGAUUGAUUUAGUUGUGAAUCUCUCAUUGGUGUUUUAUACAACCUCCCGUUACACAUCAUUAUCACUAUAAUCAUCAUUUCAAAAUCUUGCUGUGGGAAAAUAGGACUACUCUCUUAUGCUUUAAUAAUAAUAAUGUAUAUUAUAGAUGUAUAGUUUCUAUUCAUUCAAGUGACUUUAGAAGAAAAACACUAUGCAGUAAUUUUUUCCAUUUCUUUCGGCUUCUUAGUGAACUUAUACUCUACUAAAGAAUCAAUCAGAUUUAAUAUAGUAUCUAUUGAAUUAUUACACACUAAUUCAAAGUGUGAUCACGGAUGACUUGUAUCUUAUAAAGAUAUAAUCUAUCAAUAUUUAAUCAACUGAGAUAUUUGAAAUUGAUCAACAUGGCGAGAUGGACUUGUUCAAUUUUUAAACUGACAAUAAUGAAUGGAUUAGUGUUUCAUAAGAAAGUACAAUUAAACUGUGUAUGGUAUUUUUGAUGUAUGAAAUUAACUGCUAAGCAAACACUGGUAUUCAUCAAUAUGUCUAUGAAGCAUUCAUUUUAUUAUUUACUAUUAUUAUUCACUCCUAAUUUCUAAUCCAAACAUAUAAAUCUAACUUUUUUUUAGUGGAGAGGGAGUUAUUUUGUAGUGAACGAGAACACAAGUGGGGACGAUCGAACACAAAAUAACAAAACAUCUUAGUAAAAUCUGAAAACUAUACAGUAAAUACUUGAUUUGCAAAAUAUCAAUCAAACUUGACUGUUUCUUUUGCAAAUGUCACUCAAUCGUCUCAGACUUUAUUGUUCUUUGUUCUCAAUCUUCUUAGCUUUCUGCCUCCAGACAUUUCACUUUCGAUUGAUAAUACAUACUACUCAUAUCUGUCGAUAUCAGUAGCAUACACCACAGUGUAAUAAAUCAUUCAUUUAUGUUCAUUGCAUUCUAAUUAGCUAGAAAUUUAUUCUACUUUCUUAAAGUCAUUGAAAAUGAUCGAUAUUGUGCACUUUUUCUAAUCUCAUUUAUAUACAAAAUUUGGUAUAACUAUUAAUGCUUAAUUUAUGUCUUGGAUUUAUAACUCUGAUAUUUAUUUUGUUUUCUCUUAAAUUGAAGAUUUCGUGUAUCAGAAGCUCGUCA